AUGUACCAGAAAUUGCAUCCAGGACCGAGACACAGGACCACGGGACCCCAGCGCUUGAGCCCUGUGCGGCUGAUCUGCCUACUAGCGGCCAUCUCCAUCCUGCCUCGCAUGUCUUGUGGGCUGGAUGCUUUGGGACCCCCAGAGGGGACCAGAAGGGCAGUUGUGGGUUUUAAAGGCUGCACCCCAGCCUCGUCUUACUCCCCGCAAGUUUCCUACCUCGUUUCGCCGCCCGGAUUGUCCAUUGCCUCCUAUAGCCGCUGUUGGAUUUUUAGUGAAGGGUUCUACAGCCGCGUCUGCCGGAGGUAUCUCUGCAAUAACCUCACCAGCUUGGAUCCUUUUGUGAAUAUCAAGGCCAACUCUCUUGUGUCUACAGCAUUUCCUUCCGAGAGCUGCCCAACCUGUGUGGGCCUGCGCUCUACGGAUUGCCUCCCAAAUUUUGUUACCACCGAUUCUUGCCCCCACGGUGCCUCUAAGUGUCACAGUUCCACCUUAAAAUUUCAGUCAGUGUCCCUGACCCUCCCCCUCUCCCUUAGAGGGUCUCUCAAUACCACCUUCCUUCUCAUGGGCUGUGCUCGUGAACACCGCAAAGUGUUAGCAGAUUUUCGCCAUAUUGGGAGCAUCAGAGUGACUGAGGUCCUCAAUGUCUUAGAGAAGGCCCAGGCUGCUGGGGCAGAGCUCUCCAGUCGGCAUCCUGCCUUGGGCAUCCUCUUAGGCCUUUUGCUCGCCCUCAGGCACUAG